AAGUGACAUGUAUAUUGUUUGUAGCAUUCCUGCUACAUUACUUGUGGACGUUUCUUAAUCAUUUUUUUCCCUUAACAGCACGAAGUAUGCGAAACAUAGACGUGUGAGGACUAAAGGAACAACUCGGCCAACAUAUCGGUGUUUUUAAAUGUGGUAACAGUUUUACAGUUAAACUGUAAACCGAUGAUUUAUUAUGUUAAGUGCACGUUAGCUCGGUCAUGGAGGGGAUUAGCUAGCCUGGCUGCCAUGAGGCUAACUCAGAGGGUGAUGUAAAGCCCCUUCGACAUUAGCAUACAUCCAGAAACGUGUGUAGUUGUAGUUGAACCCUGUCCUGAUGUCUGGCUUUCUUCGGUUCGCUCUGCUCAGUCGUGUUUGUGAUUUAAAGAAACUAACAGGUUUGAUACAUGUCGGGACGAUGGCGGUUAAUUCGGGGAGGCUCAGUUUGACUUGUAGAAGGUGCCUCUCAGGUUCGGCUGUGGAUGGACCAGCUCGGGUGAAGAGAGUUUCUAUCGAGGGCAACAUCGCGGUGGGGAAAUCAACCUUUGCGAGGCUCCUCCAGUCAGCGUCUCCAGACUGGGAGGUGAUGGCAGAACCUGUCAGCAAGUGGCAGAACAUUGAGAGUGGGACCAAGAAGGAGAACAACGACGCCCCCCAGACGACAGUCAGCAACCUGCUGCAGAUGAUGUACCAGGACCCCAAGCGCUGGUCGUACACAUUUCAGACGUAUUCCUGUAUGAGCCGGCUGAGAACACAGCUGCAGGCUCCUCCUGCUCGCCUGCUCAGCUCAGAGGGAACACCUGUCCAGGUGUAUGAGCGCUCAGUCUACAGCGACAGAUACAUCUUCGCCCUGAACAUGUUCGAGUUGGACUGUAUCAACUCCACAGAGUGGACAGUCUACCAGGACUGGCACUCCCUCCUGGUGGAGCAGUUUGGACACCAGGUGGAGCUGGAGGGCAUCAUCUACCUCAGAGCCCCACCAGAGAAAUGUAUGGAGCGUCUGGUUCAGCGGGGACGAUCAGAAGAGAAGGGAGUGAAACUGGACUAUCUGGAGAAGCUGCAUGUUCAACAUGAGAAGUGGCUCGUUGAGAAAAGCACAGAAAUUCAUUUUGAGAAGCUGAAACAGAUACCAGUGCUGCAGCUCGAUGCCAGUGUGGAGUUUCAGAGUGACCCAGAGGUGCGGGAGCAAUUUAUCGCAAAGGUGAAGAACUUCUUCAGUGCUUUAUGAGAAGAUGAGCAGUGGGAGCAGAAAGUCCAGCCCGACCUCAGUCAGUCACAUGUGAUCUGACACAUCAACACAGGAGCCUCUAUGAAAAACUCACAUGAACAGUUUUGUGUAUUUGAUAAGCUGCUGCCUCUUCUCGACCACACUGACAAGCAUUCUGAAACACUUUUAGUUUGUUACAUUUUUUUAUCUUUUUGGUUUGUUUGCAUGUUUAUUUGUUUACAGAUUAUAUUUACAUCUUGUACUGUUGACUCCACUUUGAAAUCCCUUUAACACAACGAUAUACACGGAUCAGUUGAUCAGGUGAUUUUGUUGCCUGUGUAGAUUAUAAACUAAGUUUACUGAACAUCUUUGUGUACAUUAAUGUCUUCAUCAUUCCUGUCUGACAGCCUGCAGCAAGCAAAAGGGACGAGGGUUGUAUUUCAGAACUGUUAAAAAAAUAAAUACAAAGUAAAUUUUUUU